GAAGUGGCGCGACAAACACACACGCACGCACACAAAGAAGAAGCUGGACGGUCAAAACAUAAACAGAGCAGACAACCUUGCGUGAGCGCAGCUAGUUCUGGUUCUACUCAGACUUUUACAAAGAAAAAAAAACAAACAGCUUCAUGCACGCGCUCCAAAUGUCGAGUGUUUCCCGUCAGAGAAGUCCUACUCGAGGCACUUAGCUCCUUUGCUGGGCAGUAAGGUGGGGAAAAGAAAUCUGCAAUAAAGAUUAGGACUAAACUAAGAAGUACGCCUCGUCGGGCCUUCGAGUGGAGUUUCUACCUCGGGACGACGCAGGACUAAGAGAGAAUGGCUGAGAAUGACAAAUCCACUGUGGAUAAUGGCGGCUCUGAAGACAAGGAGCCUGGAGAAGAUCGGUGCAAGGAGGAAGAUGCCUCUGGAAGCAAAGACGGACAAACACAGUCUUCCUCACAAGAUGCUCCCAAAGAAACAUCAGAGGCAUCUGGAGACAAACUUAUGCCAGACGUGGAUGGGGAGACGGGGACAAACAAUGGGGAAGACGAUGACGAAGAUACGGAUAGCAUGGACGGCAGCAGACUGUACUCUUUAACUGAGGAUGGGGAAAGAGAGACUGAGGGAGGGAGACGAGAGAGAGCCAAAGAGAAAGAUGGUGAGAAAAGGGCAGCUCGAAAGAGAAACAGACCAAGUGGUGGCACCAACCACUCCUCUAGCUCAGAUGAUGACGACGACGACGAUGAUGAUGAUGAUGAUGAAGAGGAGCAGAAGGAUGAGGAUGAUGACGACGACGAUGAUGAGGCUAUCGAGUCGUGGCUGGGAGCAGAGCUCCAUGACCUGCGCGGCCCUAUAUGGCAGGCGGUACCCUCGCUGCGCUCCAGAGAGAUCGGCAGGAACUCCCACCAGUUUGUCAGGCACGUGUGUGGCGCCCGUGGCCUCGUGCAGAGGCUGGAGCUCCAGGGCCGCUUGGAGAGACACGCAGGUUGCGUCAACACGUUGCACUUCAACCCCUCUGGCACACGCUUGGCAUCGGGCAGCGACGACCUGCGGGUGGUGAUCUGGGACUGGGCCAUCCGCCGUGCUGAGCUCGAGUUUGACAGUGGACACAAGAGUAAUGUCUUUCAGGCAAAGUUUCUGCCUCACAGUGGGGACUCCACCUUGGCCAUGUGCGCCCGUGAUGGUCAGAUCAGGGUGGCUGAGCUCUCUGCCACGCAGCGGUGCAAGAACACAAAGCGGGUCGCACAGCAUAAAGGAGCAGCGCACAAGCUGGCUCUGGAGCCAGACUCGCCUUGCUCAUUUCUGUCAGCUGGAGAAGACGCUGUGGUGUUUGGUAUCGACCUGCGCUUGGAUCGUCCAGCCAAUAAACUGGUGGUUGUGAAGGAGGGCGAUAAAAAAGUUGGGCUGUACACCAUCUUUGUCAAUCCAGCCAAAACACAGCAGUUUGCUGUAGGUGGGAGGGAUCAGUACGUAAGGAUCUAUGAUCAGAGGAAGAUUAAUGAAAAUGAUAACAACGGCGUACUGAAAAAGUUUUGUCCCUCGCAUCUGGUGUCCAGCGAGUCCAAAACGAACAUAACCUGCCUUGUGUACAGUCACGACGGCACAGAGCUCCUGGCUAGUUAUAAUGACGAAGACAUCUACCUGUUUGAUGCAAACCACAGCGACGGGGCAGACUAUCGCAGGAGAUAUAAGGGCCAUCGCAAUAACGCCACAGUAAAAGGUGUGAACUUCUACGGUCCAUGCAGCGAGUUUGUGGUCAGCGGCAGCGACUGCGGUCACAUCUACCUGUGGGACAAGUACUCCGCUCGCAUUGUUCAGUUUAUGGAGGGAGACAGAGGGGGAGUGGUGAAUUGUCUGGAACCACAUCCCCAUCUGCCAGGAAUGGCUACCAGUGGGUUAGACCACGAUAUCAAACUGUGGGCCCCCACAGCUGAGAGCCCCACUGGACUCAAGGGCCUGAAAGAGGUAUUGAUUCCUGACACAUUGAUGUCCUUUUUUAAAAGGAAUUUUGUUGAUUUUUUUCAUAUAAUUGACCAACAAGUUAUACAGACCGAAGAGUGA